UUUAAUUCCACCAUCAAAAACAAAUUCAUAGGGGACCAGUUGUUUGAAAUUAUUUUUCUGAAAAAUCCCAGUUUUAUUUGUUUAUUUUACUUUUAUUUCCAUUGUUAGUGAUGCCGACGGUAUUGUCUGGUUGAUACGUAAUCUGUAUCUUUUACCUUUCAAUCUUCUUAAUUGUUUCCAUAACCAAAGCUUCGUCGUCUUUCGAUCACAGACGCACAAUCAUUGCAAAAUCCACAAUAAUCUUUCACAAACUCAAAAAUGCUUUGAUUUGCGUGUUGCUUUUCUUUCUGCUCUGCAAUUAACACUGCUGAGGAAUUCUUUGGUAAUAAAAGAAAGGGGGAAUGUCAGCCUCUCUCUUCGCCUUCAAUGUCAUGAUAGUGAAUGACUUCCUCUGUCAAAACCCAGAUAAAAGAUUUGCCCUUUUUUCUUAGUUUUGUUGAAAAAAAAAAAAAAGCUAGCUUUAUCUUUUUGUUUUGCAAUGGAGAAAUCUGGGUAUGGCCGUGACGGUAUUUUCAGAUCUCUCAGACCCCCUCUUGUACUGCCUAGAGACCCUAACCUUUCAUUGGUCUCUUUCCUUUUCAGAAAUUCUUCCUCCUACCCUCACAAGCCAGCACUCAUUGAUGCCGAUUCUAAUGAGACUUUGUCAUUCGCUCAGUUCAAAUCCAUGGUCAUCAAGGUUUCCCAUGGUUUACUCCAUCUGGGUAUUAAGAAAAACGAUGUUGUUCUCAUAUUUGCCCCUAACUCUAUUCAGUUCCCUAUCUGUUUUCUUGGUACUGUUGCUAUAGGUGCUAUUGCAACCACUUCCAAUCCUCUUUAUACCGUUUCUGAGUUAUCCAAACAGGUGAAAGACUCUAAUCCCAAACUCGUAGUAACCGUUCCUGAGUUGUUUGAAAAGGUUAAGGAUUUCAAUCUUCCUGUGGUUCUUUUGGGUUCCAAAGACUCUUCCCGUGUGGCCUUGAGCUCAAAAAUCCUAAAUUUCCAUGAUUUGGUCAGUUUAUCUGGGUCUGCGUCAGAGUUCCCAAUGGGUAAUGUUAAGCAGACUGAUACAGCUGCACUUUUGUAUUCCUCGGGUACGACUGGGACAAGCAAAGGUGUAAUUUUAACACAUAGGAAUUUCAUUGCAGCUUCUCUUAUGGUUACAAUGGACCAAGAAGUAGCAGGAGAAAAGGACAAUUUGUUUCUGUGUUUUUUGCCAAUGUUUCAUGUGUUUGGAUUGGCUGUUAUCACAUACUCGCAGUUACAGAGGGGGAAUACUGUUGUGUCAAUGGGUAGAUUUGAUUUUGAGAAGAUUUUGAAGGUGGUGGAGAAAUAUAAGAUCACACAUCUGUGGGUUGUGCCUCCUAUUGUACUUGCUUUGGCAAAGCAGAGUGUGGUAAAGAAAUAUGAUCUUUCAUCUUUGAAACAUGUGGGUUCUGGUGCAGCACCUUUGGGGAAAGACUUGAUGGAGGAGUGUGCCAAGGUUAUUCCUGGAGGUGCUGUUUUUCAGGGCUUUGGUAUGACAGAAACCUGUGGAAUUAUUUCGGUGGAGAAUCCACAAGUAGGAAAACGGUAUAGCGGUUCAGCUGGAAUGCUUGUUUCAGGAGUUGAAGCCCAGAUAGUGAGUGUAGAGUCUCUGAAGCCUCUCCCUCCUAAUCAGCUAGGGGAGAUAUGGGUGAGGGGGCCUAAUAUGAUGCAAGGUUAUUACAACAAGCCACAGGCCACCAAGUUGACUAUAGAUAAACAAGGUUGGGUACAUACUGGAGAUCUUGGAUACUUUGACGAAAAUGGACAACUUUUUGUAGUUGAUCGUUUAAAAGAGCUCAUCAAGUAUAAAGGUUUUCAGGUUGCACCGGCAGAGCUUGAAGGGCUCCUCGUUUCUCACCCUGAGAUACUAGAUGCUGUCGUCAUUCCAUUUCCUGAUGCCGAAGCCGGCGAGGUCCCGGCUGCAUAUGUUGUUCGCAAACCCAACAGUUCACUGACUGAAGAGGAUGUCCAAAAUUUUAUCGCCAAACAGGUUGCACCUUUCAAAAGAUUGCGAAGAGUGACAUUCAUAAACAGUGUCCCUAAGUCUGCUUCAGGAAAAAUUCUCAGAAGAGAGCUUAUUCAAAAAGUUCGUGCCAAAAUAUAAGAGAUGAGAUCAAAUCCAAUCUCACUCUAGUCCAAUUCAAUCCAGUCCAAUACAGUAAUACUCUUAUGAGAGAGGACUCCAUGGCCCCGAAUACAUGUCCCAUUGACUUGCUUUAUUUAUUCUGAUUAUUUCUACUACGGAAGAAUUGAAAUGAUUAGCAUAUUGUAACCCAAUAUAUUUGAAAAAAAUAAAACGUUGAAUCAUCUUCUCCAAUAAGACACAAUUUUUUUAGCAA